CCUCAAACGCCGUUCUUCCUCUUCUCCUCACAAGCAACCGAUUCCCAAUUAUCCAGUAUAACAAUUUCUGGUCUAUUUCGUCUUCGAACCAUCACUAGCAUUCCGCUUUUCUCAGUUUUCCUAUCCGUUUCCACGUCACAACCACUAUGGCCAGGGAUCGUCUAGCAGCCAUGAGGGCUCAGCAGCAAGGAGGAGCCAAUAACUUAAGCUCUAACUCCUAUCCCACUCAGGCGCAGUACCAAGGCGGGUACCAGCGCCAAAAUCCCUACGCUCAGCAGGAUGAUCGUUCAUACGAGAUGAACGAAGUAAAAGAUGGCAGCGCCACUCAACUAACAUCUGGUAUGAACGGCGACAGCAUGUCCGCAUUUUACACCGAGAUUUCUUCUAUCCAAGACAGCCUACGGACGUUCAACGAUAAUGUGGCUCGCAUUGGUGAUCUACACUCGCGGUCACUGAAUAACAUGGAUGACGCCGCUGCUCAAAGAAACGCUGCACACUUGGAUGAGCUCGUGGAAGACACCAGUGCUCUCAGUUCUACCAUAAAGAGACGUAUCAAAGCAUUGGAGAAGCAGGGCGGUACUGGGCGAGACGGGCAAAUUCGCAAACAGCAGACCGCAUUGGUGAAGUCCAAGUUCGUGGAAGCUAUUCAAAGCUAUCAGACUGUGGAGCAACAGUAUCGCACAAAAUACAAGCAGCGGAUGGAGAGGCAAUUCAAAAUUGUAAAACCCGACGCAUCACCGGAAGAAGUCAGAGCAGUUGUUAACGAUGAAAAUGGCGGGCAAAUAUUCAGCCAAGCGCUUUUGAGCUCCAACCGAUAUGGAGAGUCGCGAGCAGCAUACCGAGAAGUCCAGGAACGGCAUGAAGACAUCAAACGUAUAGAGAAGACCUUGGGAGAGCUUGCUCAGUUGUUCAAUGACAUGAGCGUCUUGGUAGAACAGCAAGAUGAGACUAUCAACAAUAUUGAAACGCAAGCUGCAACCGUUGAAAGGGACACUGAGGCUGGCCUUGGGUACACCGAAAAGGCGGUCGUCUCCGCCCGUGCCGCUCGUAAAAAGCGAUGGAUCUGUUUCUUCAUUACCCUCAUCAUUCUCAUCAUCGUUGGUGUUGUCGUGGGAGUUGUAGUUUCGCAACAGGUCAACAAGAAUACCACCAAGUGAUCACUUAUGGCUUAUCUUUUUCCAGAGGAACCAUACUUAGGCUGAGGUUCCUGCAGCAUGUUAGCCUAGCAAUUCUUAUUUAUGACAAGGUAUUAGUUACUUCCGUACCCGCAACCCUCGUUUGCUCUUGGUUCCUCUCACAACUACCUGUACAUACACUUCAUUGUCCUUCCUUUAUGUCCUGCUUUUCUAUCUUAAUGCCUUUUUAUUAUGGUAAUGCAAUCGGACAGUGGAUGAUAUAUACCCUACCACAUACGUUCAACUCCUGAGAAUAGAGCA